GAGCGUAUAGUUCCAACAAAAUCAUGAGGCGAUAGAUAAUAAAAGUCACAAAAAUCGGAGAGCACACAAAUUUGAGGACCGGAGUAGCCGAUCGGAGGCUUUUGGUAAAAAAAGGAAAGGAGGUAUCAUAUGUAUGUCAGACCUAGACCGGCAAAUCGAGCAGUUGAAGAACUGCGAGCCACUCAAAGAGUCUGAAGUGAAGGCUCUAUGCUUGAAAGCUAUGGAGAUUCUUGUAGAAGAAAGCAACGUUCAACGAGUCGAUGCUCCUGUCACUAUAUGCGGCGACAUUCAUGGACAGUUUUAUGACAUGAAAGAACUAUUUAAAGUAGGCGGUGAAUGCCCAAAGACAAACUACUUGUUUCUUGGAGAUUUUGUGGAUAGAGGGUUCUACUCUGUAGAGACCUUUUUGCUUUUACUUGCCCUAAAGGUGAGGUAUCCUGAUCGGAUCACAUUGAUUAGGGGGAACCAUGAGAGCCGUCAGAUAACGCAGGUAUAUGGAUUCUAUGAUGAGUGCCUGAGGAAGUAUGGUUCUGUAAAUGUUUGGAGAUAUUGUACCGAUAUAUUUGAUUACCUAAGUUUGUCUGCUCUCAUUGAGAACAAAAUAUUUUCAGUUCAUGGCGGUCUCUCUCCUAACAUCAACACAUUAGAUCAGAUUCGGACAAUUGACCGAAAACAAGAAGUACCCCAUGAUGGUGCCAUGUGUGAUCUUUUGUGGUCUGAUCCCGAGGACAUUGUGGACGGCUGGGGUUUGAGUCCACGUGGUGCUGGUUUCUUGUUCGGUGGCAGUGUUGUAACCUCUUUUAAUCACACUAAUAAUAUCGAUUAUAUUUGUCGCGCACACCAAUUGGUAAUGGAAGGUUUUAAAUGGAUGUUCAAUAACCAGAUAGUGACAGUCUGGUCCGCCCCAAAUUACUGUUACAGGUGUGGUAAUGUAGCUGCCAUUCUGGAGCUUGAUGAGAAUCUUAAUAAACAGUUUCGAGUAUUUAAAGCAGCUCCACAGGAAUCAAGAGGGGCUCCAGCUAAAAAACCGCCACCAGAUUACUUUCUAUGAUGAUGGAUUCAGUGCAGAUAAGUUUGGUCAUGAGUCAUGACAGUGAAAAAUCAAUGAGCUGAUCUUACCAUUGGCUCACGUUUGGGCGGCUAGUGGGCGCGCUGUUGAAUCCCUGAUUCAUUAUGGUUGUUUUGGGCGGCAAUUAUUAUUCUUCGGUCCCAUUUCCACCAUCAUGGGAUUCAUAUCACGAGUGUUAGAUUGUGUUUUGUAGCGAAUAUUUUAUGUUUGUACACAAAAGCUGUAGUUACACCGGCAAAAACCACCAUGGAUCCUGUUCGAUUUGGUUGUGCAAGUAACUUAGGAUAUUGAAGUUUGAGAAAUUGUUGUCUUUUGAAGUAUUGUAUGUUAUAGUGUGAUCUACUUUUGAGUUGCUUUGAGAAAGAUUAUAACAGUUAUGGUUAUACAAUUAUGAUACUUUCAUGUC